AUCCCGAUCCCGGCCCUUUGAUCUGUCCUCCCUCUCUCUGACCCUUUCCCUGUCGGCUUUCCCUCUCCUUCUCUCUCUGUUUCUACGUCCAGGGUUGGAUUUUUGUAUGGAAUCUUCUCUUGCUUGUCCGUCAAGAGGCAUGCUCUUUGGUUCAUCAUCACUUUUCUUCGUUUCCUUCAGCUUGUCAAUGGCUACUCGUACCAAUACAUCAUUGGACCCACUGGGUUCCGGAUUAACUGCUGCUGAAGCAAGAUCAUCGGCAGUAGCCGUAGGGCUAGUCUGCGGAACUUCCUGCAAAAAAGAUAGAAAAUAAAAAUAAAAAAAAAACUCAAAUUUUAAUUCCAAUCUUCUGGGGAGAUCAUAUUUUAAUAAGUGAAAUUAUAUGAUGGAGCAAAUUUUCUACAUGAAAUGGGGAGCAAGACGUCUCUGCAGAUUUAGCAAUAGUCGAGGAUUGUUGAGCAAUUCCCAUGCGCAAAGCAAUACUCUCAAAUCUGUCACUGACAAAUCCAUUACUCAAGAAGAUGUCUUUCAAACCACAGCCGAGUACUAUAGAGGCCUUCUCGAAGCUUGUAUUCGAUCGAAAUCGCUCUCCCAGGGCAAGAAAAUCCAUCAACAUCUUGUCAAGAACAACACCCAUAUAACAGGUUCUGCUGUGUUCGAAAAACUUGCCCAUCUGUAUAUUGCAUGUGAUGAAGUCAAAGUUGCACGCCGCGUGUUCGAUAAAAUUUCUACUCCAACUGUUAUACUAUGGAACCUUAUGAUAAGAGCUUAUGCGUGGCAUGGACCGUUUGAAGAAGCUAUCUGUUUGUACUAUCGGAUGCUUGAACUAGGUGUUAGACCGACCAAAUUCACAUUCCCGUUUGUUCUCAAAGCUUGUUCUGGUCUGCAAGCUAUAGAAGUCGGUAGAGAGGUACAUGAUCUUGCCAAAGGACUUGGGCUUGACUCCGACGUUUUUGUUUGCACUGCAUUGAUUGACGUGUAUGCUAAGUCCGGAGAUUUAGGUGAAGCACAAAAAGUGUUCUAUAGUAUGCCGCAUAGAGAUGUUGUAGCAUGGAAUGCUAUGAUUGCUGGGUUCUCGCUUCAUGGACUUUAUGAUGACACAAUACGGUUGGUAGUCGAAAUGCAGAAAGCGGGAACAACUCCAAACUCUUCAACUAUAGUAGCUGUUCUUCCAACGGUUGGGCAAGCAAAUGCUUUGAGCCAAGGGAAAGCUAUGCAUGCCUACUCUGUAAGGAGAAAUUUUUGUAAUGAUGUGGUGCUUGGAACCGGGCUUUUGGAUAUGUAUGGUAAAUGUCUCUGCAUAUCUUAUGCGAGAAGAGUAUUCGACAUGAUGGGUGUCAGGAAUGAGGUUUGUUGGAGUGCUAUGAUUGGAGCGUAUCAUGUAUGUGAUUAUAUGAUAGAAGCAUUGGCAUUAUAUGAUGAGAUGGUGCUCAAAACUACGAUAAAUACAACACCAGUAACUCUUGCAGUCAUACUUCGAGCUUGCGCAAGGCUAAUUGAUUUCGGCAGAGGGAGACGAUUACAUUGUUAUGCAAUCAAAUCAGGGUUAGAGUUAGACACAAUGGUAGGUAAUACCUUACUUUCAAUGUAUGCAAAGUGUGGGGUUAUAGAUGAUGCCCUCAGGUUCUUUGAUCAAAUGGUUUUCAAAGAUACAGUUUCUUAUAGUGCUAUAAUGUCCGGAUGCAUGCAGAAUGGUUAUGCAGAAGAGGCUUUACUCGUUUUUCACCGGAUGCAAUUGUCUGCGGUCCAGGCAGAUGUGGCAACAAUGUUAUGCGUCCUGCCAGCUUGUUCACAUUUGGCUGCUCUCCAACACGGGGCCUGCGGCCAUGGUUACUCGCUUGUUCGUGGCUUUGUGACUGAGACCUCUGUCUGCAAUGCGCUUAUAGAUAUGUACUCAAAAUGUGGGAAGAUCAGUAUUGCUAGGCGAGUUUUUGAUAGGAUGGAUACGCGGGAUAUUAUCUCAUGGAAUGCAAUGAUAGUUGGUUAUGGUAUCCAUGGGCUUGGUGCUGAAGCACUUGGACUGUUCGAGAACUUUCUAGAAACGGGUUUAAAGCCAGAUGAUGUGACUUUCAUUAGUCUCUUAUCUGCUUGCAGCCAUUCAGGACAUGUCACAGAAGGGAAACACUGGUUUAAUGCCAUGAGUUCAGAUUUCAACAUCAUUCCAAGGAUUGACCAUUAUGUAUGCAUGACUGAUCUUCUCUGUCGGGCUGGACUGUUGGAGGAGGCACACAAUUUCAUUCAAACAAUGCCAUUGAAGCCUAAUGUUCAUGCAUGGGGUACCCUGCUUGCUGGAUGUAGAAUCCACAAAAAUAUUGAACUUGGGGAAGAAGUAUCAAAGAAGAUCCAGGGCAUAGGGCAUGAAGGUACUGGAAAUUUUGUCCUUUUAUCUAAUAUAUACAGUGCUGCUGGAAGAUGGGAUGACGCAGCAGAUGUUAGAAUCAUGCAGAGGGACAGAGGAUUUAAGAAAAGCCCAGGAUGCAGUUGGAUUGAGAUAAAUGGGGUUAUUCAUGCAUUUGUUGGUGGAGAUCGAUCUCACCCACAAUCAGCAUGGAUAAACAGGAAGUUAGAGGAAUUGCUAGUGGAGAUGAAAAGGUUGGGAUAUUGUGCUGAAUCUAGUUUUGUUCUCCAAGAUGUUGAAGAGGAGGAGAAGGAAAGGAUUCUCCUUUAUCACAGUGAGAAACUUGCCAUUGCUUUUGGAAUUCUUUGUCUGAGCCCUGGCAAACCCAUUCUAAUUACUAAGAAUUUGCGGGUUUGUGUAGACUGCCAUACUGCCAUAAAAUAUAUGACUCUCAUAACAAAGAGAGAGAUAACCGUUAGAGAUGCAAGUCGAUUUCAUCAUUUCAGAGAUGGAGUGUGCAACUGUGAGGAUUACUGGUGAGGAAGAGGAUAUACAUGUUUUGAUAAGUAAAGGAAGAGGAUAUAUAUGUGGAAUCAUAAGUCUUAAUUUUAUCAAUAGCGAACCUAUACAACAUUCCUCAGUUUCUCCAGCUGGCGGUUCUGGGGGGACGCCGUCGUCUGCAGCUCCGGCAAGGUCUCCUUCGUCAAUUACCUAAUCUACCCCCUGGAAAGAAGACAUUGACUACCCUCCCUACGAAGAAGGCGAGUGGAGAAGCUGGUUUUGCGUGUUGAUGUGUAAGGAAGAUUGAACGCGAACAAUGUAUGUUCCUUUGGAUUCCAAUUAGUGUUUAGCAACUGCUUGGCUUUAUUGACGGAACCAAUGCUGCUCCAGAAAAGUAGACAGAGUGCUCCGGCUUCGAUUUCUCGUCAAAAGUAGGCCGAUGCAUCUGCUACCAUUCACUUUUGCCAUUAUACAACAUUGGCCCUCAAGAAGUUUCAAAGCCUGCUUGAGAAUUGUUUCUCGAUAAACCAGAGUAGUGUUUCAUUUUCCUUACCUUUUGGAUUAAUUACUCGAACUAUGGCAUUUACAAUGAUGUAAUAUGUCAUAUAUUUAUUUUAAUUAAACUCUUUGCA